AUGGCAGCGUCAAACUACUCCCUGAAGGUGAACAGAGAGCUCCUGGACCCGGACUUUGAGAGUUACAGACUCUCUCUGGACCCGAUCCCGACCUACAGCAUCGAGCUGGACUCAGCUGUGGAGGAGCUGAAGCUGAAGGACUCUCUGUACACGCUGGAACACAUGCAGGCCUUUGGCAUGUUUAACUACCUGCAUUUAGACCCCUGGUACUCGGACAGCGUAGUGUUUGUGGACGCUAAAGGACAAGUGCUCAGUCUCACUGUGACUCUGCGGUCCGUGGCCAUACUUGCAUGUUGA